AUGUGUGAAGAAAAAACCCGUUACUCACUGGUUGUUCAAAACUUACAGGAGGUAGUUGGAGAUGCAGAGUUACGUACGAUUCUUCAAAACAGUGACGGGAAGGUGCUCGAGGUUUACUGGGGUACUGCAACCACUGGUAAACCACACGUGGCUUACUUUGUGCCUAUUUGCAAAAUCGCCGACAUGUUGCACGCCGGUGUCAAGGUCACCGUACUCUUUGCUGACCUCCACGCCUACCUGGAUAACAUGAAGUCACCCUGGAGCAUCCUCUGUCACCGAGCCACCUACUAUGAGACUGUUAUUAAGGCCAUGCUCGAAUCUGUUGGCGUGAGACUCGACCAACUUCAUUUCGUUCGCGGUUCGGAUUAUGAACUGUCUAGAGCCUACAGUGAGGACGUCUAUCGCAUUUCGGCGGACACCAGCGUGCGCGACGCUCGGAAGGCGGGGGCUGAAGUGGUAAAGCAGGUGGCCAAUCCCCUGGUCUCCGGUCUCCUCUACCCCUUGCUGCAGGCCCUGGACGAGGAGUACCUCCAUGUAGACGCUCAAUUCGGUGGGGUGGAUCAGCGCAAAAUCUUCGUCAUGGCCGAACGGAUCCUACCACGGCUGGGCUACCGUAAGCGCAUCCAUCUCAUGAACCCCAUGGUGCCCGGUCUCACUGGAGACAAGAUGUCCGCCUCUGAAGCCGCCUCCAAGAUAGACCUCCUCGAGAGCAGUGCUAGCGUUCACGCCAAACUCGCCACCGCUGCUUGUCCACCCGGUCAACGCGCCGCCGAGGGCAACGGUGUCCUCGCCUUCAUUAAAUUUGUCAUCUUCCCUCUCGUCAACCUAGCCGCAUCCGGUUCUGGCGUGAAGGUAGGAGAAACGCACUUUGCUACCUUCGAGGAGCUGGAAGAUGCCUACGUGGCAGGCGUGGCAGGGGUGUCUCCAGAGACUCUGAGGGCGUGCAUCUUUGACCAUCUAGAUCCACGCAUAGAGGUGGUUCGUCAAAGAUUUACGGAACCGCGGUUUUCUAAGCUACUGAGUGAUGCAUAUCCCGCUGAUGAGGCCAUGUGUGCCGAGAAGCACGCUUCAGAAUCCGCUGGUUCUUCACUCACCGCCACAUUUAAAGAUGACCGCCUAACCGCUCUCAAGAGUUGUCUCUUCUCAACUGAAUCCCAACUGCCUUCACUGGAUGCUACCUCCAUGCGGUCCGUUGCAGACAUCCUGACGCUCAGGCCUGAGGCUCUAAAGUCUUUGAAGCCCCGACGAGUGCUCCGGUGUAUGUGGUCUAUCGCUCCUGCUGGAGUGCCGCAUCUGGGCCACACGUUGCCUCUGCGAAUACUUGCCCAACUUUCGCGCAUUGUGGGGAUUCAUGUGAUCAUCCUUAUCGACGACAUUGGUGCCUUUUUGGAGGGCAACUGCCCGUGGGAAGCUCGUGAGUCCCGCUGCGCCCUCUUCGAGAGAGUCCUCCGUGCCGUCUUCAAAGCCUUCGCCGGCGACGAGAAAGCUCUCACCAUCGUUCGUGGCCACGACUUCAAAUGUGAGGGGUCUUACAUGUUAGACCUCUACCGAUUGGUGAGUCUAGUACCCGAGAAGGAGGCUUUUGACUGCAGUGGAGCCACAACGCCCUCGUCGCAACGGCAGGAACAGGCAGGUGAUGCGAGAGGAGAGGGGGAGGAGGAGGGUAGUGGACUCAAUCUCUCCGCUCUCCUGCUCCCUUGCACCGCCCUCCUUGACGCCUACCAUCUUGAGGCGGAUCUGCGUCUCUCCAGCCCUCGCUCCGUGGAGGGACAGGAGAAGUUUGCUAAACAGUUCCUUCCGCGUUUUGACACCUCGCAUUCACCACCCCUCUUUGUCCCCCACGCCCUCCUGCCCGCACUAAUCACCGGCACCGCCACAGAAGAAGCAGCCGUCAUGACGACUUUUGUCCCGCCGCUGCGUGAUCCUCGGAUGGCCCAGUCGGCGGCCGCGCAAGCGGUGGGACGGGUAGCGUCGGAACGCUGUCUUCCUCUGAUCGAACCACCGCCCCCAGGUGUCCCCGCCAUCGCCUCGUCCCUCAUCCUCCCCGGUCUCAAGCGACGCCUCAAACAGGCUUUCUGCCAGCCGGGAAAUGUUCACAUUAAUCCUCUGUUGGAGAUAUUCAAGGCCGUGGCACUGCCUGAACUGGCUCCCGGAGAGAACCUCGUCCUGCCCAGACCUGAGCAACACGGCGGUCCCAUCACUCUGACUCCCAGCGAGUACAAUGGCGCCAGUUGUCAUUUAGACGAUCUCUUCGCCAACGAGGUCUGGCACCCAGGUGACCUGAAGGCGGCGUUGGAGGCGGCUCUACUUCAGGGUCUUCAACGCCGUCUUGUAGAAUACCUUCCCCCCGCCGACCUCAGCCGCCUCAUCGAUGAUGCUUUCCCUGUGCCCGGCAAAAAAUCCAAAAAGGCAACCCCUGGGAAGUCAAAAUACACCGAAGUCAAGACUGUGGACAAUGUCAAGGAAGGCAGGUUGAGUGAAGAGCGGAAAAACGCCGCAAAGUUGGACGAAUUCGAUCCCAGCCUUCUCGAAGUGAGGGUCGGUGAAGUGGUGGACGUCAAGCCACACCCGAUAUCAGCCGACUUCAAUGUCUGUCGUGUCGCCUUUGACGCGGGAGCGAAGGACAGGGUCUCCGUAAUUGGACUGCCUGCCGAGGCUUUGAUGCACAAGAAGGCCGUCUUUCUGACCAACCUCAGGCCCUGUGAUAUUGGCGGCGUCACUUCGGAGGUCAAGGUAGUGUGUGUGGGCGACAAGGAAAUGCUGCAGUGUCCCCAUCAUACACUCGGCUCGGUGCUGCGUUUCCAGGCCGCGAGGAGGGAAGGAAGGCGUGCCAAGGCUGCCACCAACACUACCAUUAUCGACCCUGAGGCACAUCCCGGCUGGAGGGCCUUCUUUGCUGACGUCUACUACUCCCCUGACGGUGACGGGGCUCUCUGCUGGCGGCAGAAUUGGCGGCUAUCAUCAAAUUUGGCUAGGCCUAGGAUUUGCGAGUCAAAUGCUUACAUUCUACCCCCUGCUGACGACGUCGUUAUCUACAGAUCCUCUCCCGAUAAUCGGUUUUGGUUAAAGACUAUCAAGCUGGAACAAUGCGACCGCAACGACUUGGCAUCCCUCCUCACUUUUAUUUCUAAUGUUCAGAAAAUAUCCCCCUUUAGGGUUUUUGCCUGUGAUUCCAGUGAACCCCUGACUGACAACGUCCAUUUUGGUCUCUUCCUCCCCAAGCUGAUUUCCCUCCUCGGCACAGAAUUGACUCUCUCUUAUCCUCUAUGCAAAAGUGGUACUGUCCACGAACUUCUCAAACCGUACUAUGUCGACGGAGGUCUUCCUGAGUCCCUGGUGGCCGCUAUCUUCUCUCGGGCCGUCAGGAGUUUGAACAAGCUUCACCACCUCGGCUGGAUUCAUCGAGCCAUUUGUGCGAGACAUCUUCUGCUUCAUCCGUCAUCGGAGAACAGUGAAGACUGCCUGGAUGUUUCCUUCUGCGGCCUUGGAAGCAUAGCUUCGGUCCGACCCCUUGGUAGUAUGCUUAAUCGUGCUGACCUGCCGGUCAUUGAUGCGGGGUGGAGAGGCUGGCACUACCAGAACCUCCAGGAGACCGUCUACAGCACCCACCCAGUCGCCUGGUACAGUCCCGAGAUGAUCGCGCAAGACUUUGAGGGAUAUGGAAAGCCUGCGGAUAUCUACAGCCUUGGGAUGGCGUUGGCUGAAAUGUUCACUGGGAUCGCGCCGUUUGUAGGGACUAUCACACCCUCGUUAAUCUUCCUCAAGAAACUGACCCUCAGGGAGCCGCUUUCGCUGCCUUGUCCUCCGGGUCAAGCAGCCAGCGGAGACAUGCUCACCACUUUCGAGAGCUGCACUCACUUCGAUCCGGACCGUCGACCAACUGCCGAGGACCUCCUCCACACCCCUUGGGUGCAACGUGGUCUUGCCACUCCUCUGAGGGAAAGCCUCCUCACCUCUUUUCGCCAACAAUAA